AUGCCCCCGCCUCGCGGCCGAGGGGCCUCCCCGUUCGGGGAUCCCUUCACGUUCGGCAAGCCGCUCGUGCUCAACAGCCAGCCGCCGACGUUCUUCGGCUCGUCGUUGGCGCCCCCCGCCGAUGCGUCAGCCUCGGACGCUCCAAUGGGCGGAGGUGCCGUGACGCGGUCGCGGUCCGCGCGUCGCAAGGUUGGCGGCUACGGCGUGACCGCCCCCGCCAAGCACGGGCCAAAGGAUACCUUCACCCGCACGACGGGGACGGACGCGCCGUCCCCGAUCACCGGGGACGACCGGGAUAGGCCCGCCAGGAGGGUCGCUCCCCGAGUCGUGACGAAGAUCCCGGUCCUCGACGACUGGGAACCCGCCGAGGAUGAGAACGAGGAUCCGUCGGUGAUUCCGCCGCACGUGGACGACGUCCCCGCGAGCGCCGCCGCGACGAAGGCCGCGAGGGGAAGGAACCCCGCGAGGACCGCGGAGACGGCCCGCGGCCCGGCCCCGAGACGCCCCCCGCCGGUCUCGUCGAGGACGACCCGAACGACCACGACGAAACGCCCCGCGUCGGCCAAUCUCCGCGAGGAGGACGAGAGAGGGAGGAACGACGCCGCCGCCGUGGUCAUCGCCGCGCGCGCGAGGGCCAAGGCUCGGCUCGCCCCGCCCAGGGUCGCCUUCGGCGGCCGCCCGCCCAAGAAACCCUCCCCGGUCAAGCGCCAAAGGCACGACCCGGACCAACCCCCGCCCCCCGAUGACCAACAAACCGCCGCCGACGUCGACGUCGUCCCGAGACCCAAGCCCGGGUUUAGCUUCGGCGUCCGCCCGAAUCGGGGCGGGCCGAGCCUCUGGGGCCCCGGCAAGGACUCCCCGGGCCCCGCGGCGUACCACGAGGGACCCGCGCCGGAGUGCGAUCAGGUCCGCGGCCACGUCCCCGCGGUGACGUUCGGCGCCCCGCCGGAUCGGACGAGACGAUCGGGCGCGGGGUGGAACGCGGGAGCCUUCCCCGAGCUGGAUCCCGACGCCCCCGGACCGGGAGAGUACGCCGGGGGCGACGACACGGCCCGGGUGUUGGACAAGAUCGCGGGUAAAUCCCGCGCCCCCGCGUUUACCUUUGGAGGGGGUAAGGACGACAUCGGCAAAGUCGCCGCCAAGGAUUUCGCCGGCGCGCCGGGCCCCGGGGCGUACCACAUCGACGAGAUCCUGGCCGUCGCCGCGGAGCGAAGGCGCAUCGAGAAGGGGUUCAGCUUUGGGGAGAGGGUGGGCGCGGCGUGGCACGAGGCUGGACCGGGGAGGGACGCCCCGGCUCCCGGAACGUACGCGGAUGGAACAGAGGUUCGAAGGAGCGGCGGCGGCUUUUCCUUUGGGAACGCGCCCAAGACCCCGUCGUUCAUCCCUUCCUCCAAGGACGGCCCAACCCCGGGUCCCGGCGAUUACCUCGACAGGAAAAAGGAAAAGGAAAACGGCGGCGGCGAGAACGACGGGGGAGACGGGCGGACGAGGAAGAGCGCCGAGGGCGGGUUCACGUUUGGGUGGCGCCGCCCCGACCCGGCCAAAUCCGCGACGGAGCCCGGGCCGGGGGCGUACCACCGCGACGCACAGCUGGACGACCCGGAGGCGCUCCGACCGGGUCCGGCGUUCUCCCUGGGUACCAAGCUCGAGCGCGGCGGGGCCCUGGACGGGAAAAAGGACGCGGCGAAGAUGCCGGGGCCGGGAGAUUACGAGGUGCGAAAGUCCGCAGAGGCUGGGCCUAGUUACACGAUAUUCGGGAGGCCAAACGACGGCGUCGUCGUCGGCGUGGACCUGAACGAGAAGGCCUCGCUGCCCGGCCCGGGACGGUACCACACGCCCCUGUCUCCGGGGGGCAGGGCGUACACGCUGGGUUCCCGCAUCGAGGAGAAGGAUGCGAAACGGGACACCCCCGCGCCGGGUGAGUACGGAGCCCCCAUGCCCGUCGGCGCCCAGUGGGGCGAUCGCAACAGGGGCUUCUCGGUGCUCGGAAGGGACGCGUGGGCCGGGAAGGGAUGGGGCGAGGAGCACGCGGAGGUGCCCGGCGUCGGGCGCUACGACGUCCGCGGGUCCAACUCCAAGCCCCUGCCCUCAGCCCCGGCGUUCACGAUGGCCGGCAAGACCAAGGACCCGACUCACGCGCCGCCACCGACUCGCGACAUCGGACCGGGCGAGUACGACGGGGACGGCGGCAACAGGCCGCCGUCCGGUCCGAGCUUCACCAUCGGAGUGCGCGGUUCCAAGGACGGCGCGUACGGGGACCUGGAAAGCGCGGCGGAGAAGCCGGGGCCCGGAGCGUAUCCCAACGCGCCCAAAGCAAAAGACGAGACCCGCGAGUCCGCUCCCUCGUUUACCCUCGGGCGAAAGAUCGACGUACCGGACGAGCGCACCAAGGUGGGCCCUACGGGGUUCUCGGAACGUCCGGGGCCCGGGGAGUACCACGCGGACGGGGACGUCGUUCCGCCGGAGGGACCGGGCGGCUUCACGAUUUACGAGCGGACCAAAUCAACCGAGUUUCGACCCGGCGUCGAUUCACCAGGUCCGGCGUACUACGGGGGUUUCACCACCGACGACGUCGAGGGUGGGUUACGAAUGUCCAUCCACGAGAGGUACGAGUCCGGGAGCGUUUUCCAGCACACGGACCGGUCGGACACGCCGGGGCCGGGUGAGUACGCUCCGGAGGUGUUCCAGUUUCCCGUGCGCGACGACGGCGAGUCGACGUCUUUUGUCGGCGCGCCCCCGGGGUACACCAUCGGCGUCAGGAGGGAGUCGAAUUACCCGGUUCGAAGGUCGCAGAUCGGCGCACCCGGUCCGGGGGAGUACCACCCGACGGAGGGCGACGGCGUCACGGACCCGGCUUGGUCGAAGGGGGUCACCAUCGGCGAGCGUCGAGACGAACGCGCUCGAAGAUCCCUCGACUCUCGCCCCGGGCCGGGACACUACCACAGGACGCGCGAAUCCAUCGAGCGCGAGACCGGUCGCAAGGCGCCCGUACCCGGGCCGAAGAUUCGCGACAGGAAACCGUGGGAGCGGGAGAAGGUUCUGGAGAAAAAAGCGGACGUUCCGGGCCCGUCCGACUACGACACGGAACCCUCCAUGAAAAAGAUGGACAAACGCGCGCCCGCCCACCGCAUCGGCGAGCGGCGGAACGACGCCGCAGACCGGCGGGGUUCGGGCGAAGGCGCCCCCGGCCCGGGGGAGUACGCCGGCGACGUCGUGCGCGCGCCCGACUGGCGAAGGGGCGCGACGAUCAUCGCGGAUAGGCGAGAGCGGUCGCGAGCCUCCGCGGAGCGCCGGCCGGGUCCCGGGGAGUACCACCGGGACGCCCCGCGGGUGGCCAAGACGGGGGUGAACAUCGGGAGAGGGGCGGGUAAGGACGCGCCCGGGGGUGUCUUCGACGCGGCGGGACGCGGGGGUCCGGGGCCCGGGGAAUUUGAACCCCCGCCCGGCGCCAUUCGGCCGGGGAGGUCGACGGGGGUGAACAUCGCGAGGGGCACCGGGAAGGACGCGCCGGGGGGCGUGUUCGAGCGCGCCGGACGCGACGUCCCGGGGCCCGGUGAGCACUGGCCGGACGGGGACGCCGCGAGCGGACGGGGGGGGCGGAGCGGGGGGAAAUCCGUCCGGGCCCCCGGGGUGAAGAUCCCGGCCACCGGGCACGACGCUCCCGGCGGCGCCGCGGUUUGGCCGGAGGACGCCCCGGGUCCGGGCGAGUACCACGAGGAGCGAACGAAACCGGUUCGGUCCGCGGUGAACAUCGGGAAGGCGUCGGGGAAGGACGCCCCGGGCGGGGUCUUCGACGCGGCGCUCAAACGCGGGGGGGGUCCCGGGCCCGGGGAAUUCGAGUCGGGUCCAGGCGCGCUCCGGCAAAAGUCAACCGCGGUGAACAUGGGCAAGGGGACCGGUCGGGAAGCCCCGGGCGGGGCGAUGGACCGUCGCGACGGACCGGGCCCGGGCGAAUUCUGGCCCGACGAGGAUCCCGCGGCUCCCACCAGGGGACAUACCCAGCGGGGGAUACCCUUCGGAAAGCCGCCCAAGCCCCCGAGGCCGGGUGCCAAAAAAUCAUCGGCGCCGGGGCCGGGUGAGUACGCGGGGUCCGUCGUCGGUGCGCCGGACGCUCGAGUCGGACCCACGAUCCCGCGGGGCAAACGGCGAGGUCUGGUGAGUAAAGACGCGAGGGACACCCCCGCGCCCGGGGACUUCGAGCCCGACCACCACCCGAAGACUGUGGCGGGACUGGUUCGCGAGGCGCUGAAACGGCCGGGGUCGAUGCGAGAGCCGACGGUCCCUCGCGGGGGGAAGAAGGCCGGUUCGGAGCGGACGCCCGGGCCCGGGGAGUACUACUCCGGCCGGGGUGAGAUCCGCGUGGACCGCGGGGUGAAGAUGCCCACGCGGGAGGCGUGGGAGCGGGACAGGGACAGGGUGAAGGGGUCGGGGCUCGGGCCAAAGUAUCACCCGAAUCACGAAAAGGUCUCCAAGCCUCUGAGCGUGAAGCAGCCCAUGGCGCGGGCUGACGACUACGCGGACUCGUUCCGAAGCACCCGGGGCGGGUCAAGGAGGUGA